AUGUCAUCUAGAUUAACUUUUACUGCAUUUAUCGCAUUAUUAAUAUGCUCCUCUUUAGCAUAAUCAACAAACAAUAACUCAUUAGAAGCACUAACUAACUAUAAUCAAUGGAGAAUAAGCAAUCCAAGAGUAUUCUUAAACGAAGCUCAAAAAUAAUACAGACAGACAGUCUUCUUAGAGAAUUUCUAAAAAAUAAAAGAACACAAUGCAAAUACAGCUAACACUUACUAAUAAGGACUUAAUUAGUUCUCUGAUAUGACUCAGGAAGAGUUUGUCAAUAAAAUUCUCAUGAGCAACUCUCAAGCAAAUUCCUCAUAGCCUUUAUCAUCCUCCUCCUCUUCAUCUACACAACAAUCUUCUUCUAGCAAUACGAGCCUUACUACUUCAAGUUCUACUGUUGCAGCUUCAGUUGACUGGAGAACUAAGGGAGCAGUAUCUCCUGUAAAGAAUCAAGGAGAUUGUGGUGCUUGCUGGGCAUUCUCAGCUACUGGUUCUAUGGAAUCUUUUCACUACAUCAAGAGCCACGUUCUCUCAAGUUUUUCAGAAUAACAACUUGUAGAUUGUGUUGUUUAAGCAAAUGGUUACUACUCACAUGGCUGUAAUGGAGGUUCUUUUUAUCAGGCUCUCCUCUAUGCUUCUAAAAUAGGAAUGGAAAGUGAAUCAUCCUAUCCUUACACAGGAGUUUGGGGAACUUGCAAAGUCAGUAGUACUAAUAAUGGAUAUAAACCCAUAUCAUUCGUUUAAAUCGGCUAGAACACUUAGGCAUUGUAAGCUGCACUGAAUUUAGCACCUGUUUCAGUUUCAAUUGAUGCUACAAGUUUAUAUUAGUACACAUCUGGUGUUUACAAUAAUUGCAAUCCUUAAUAGUUAAACCUAAACCAUGCUGUGUUAGCCGUAGGUUAUGAUAGCUAAGGAAACUGGAUAAUAAAGAACUCUUGGGGUGCUUCAUGGGGAUAACAAGGAUUCUUCUUGUUAGCUCCAAACAACACUUGUGGUAUUUUGGAAAACACCCUCCAAAUAACAGCUUGA